AUGGAUACAACGAUAGAAUACACAAACGGCUCGCCUGAUGUUGAGGAAACGGCGAAAGAAUUUCAAGACUUUACAGACAUUAUCGGUACAUUUGGAAGAUGGCAGAAGAUUUUAUUCGCGAUAUACGUGUGGUUUGUCAUAGGUGCAGCAUCAAACAAUUUAAAUUGGCCCUUCUUGGCGUACAAGGUGGAUUAUUGGUGCGCGAGAACACCGAAAUACGUGAACUUGACCGUUGAAGAGUGGAAAAAUAUCAGCGCACCUCUGGAGAUCAGAAACGGGAGAAAAACGCACAGUCGAUGCGAAGUAUACGAUAUUGACGAUACCAAAUACGGAAAGAACUUUUCAAAGAUUCCUUGUCGCUCGUGGGAAUACGAUCAUUUACAAUAUAAAAACAGUGUCAUUCAAAAGUGGAAUUUAGUUUGCGAAAGUUCUUGGUUGAGUUCUCUCGCCGGCUCUUCUUACUUCGUAGGAUUUCUUGUAUCCGCUGUUGUAUCUGGUCAGAUAUCCGAUAGAUAUGGCAGAAGACCAGUGAUAAUAUCGGGACUCGUGCUUCAUAUAACGUUUGGGAUUCUUUGUUCAUUUUCUCCAUACUACUGGAUGUUUACUGUAUCUCGUUUCUUCUUAUGUGCAGGAAUUACAGCAAGUAAUCUGACUUUCUAUAUAUAUGUUAUGGAAUUGGUCAGACCAACCUACAGAGAAAAGGUAAUAGUAAUUAACAGUUUCUUUUAUACCACGGGGACAUUUUUACUUAACGGAGUAUCUUGGUUCCUCAAAGAUUGGACUUAUAUUCAAUUAUGCUGCAUUUUGCCAUCCAUUAUAACGCUCCUGUUCAUCAGUUAUAUACCAGAGUCUCCAAGAUGGCUGCUAACUCACGGUCGAUUACGUAAAGCCGAAGACGUUAUACGAAACAUAACAGAAAAGAAUAAAAGACACACCGACGAUUUAUCCGAAAUUAUUGAAGAACUCUAUUGGAAAAUUAGAACGGAUCUAGUUCCAUAUUUAAAUCAUACAACUUUAAUGAAAAACACCAUGGAUACAAUGGUAGAAAACAGGAACGGCUCGCCUGAAGUUGAGGAAACGGCGAAAGAAUUUCAAGACUUUACAGACCUUAUCGGUACAUUUGGAAGAUGGCAGAAGAUUUUACUCGCGAUAUACGUGUGGUUUGUCAUAGGUACAGCAUCAAACAACUUAAAUUGGCCUUUCUUGGCGUACAAGGUGGAUUAUUGGUGCGCGAGAACACCGAAAUACAUUAACUUGUCUGUGGAAGAGUGGAAAAAUAUCAGCGCACCCCUGGAGAUCAGAAACGGGAGAACAAUGCAUAGUCGAUGCGAAGUAUACGAUAUUGACGAUACCAAAUAUGGAAAGAACUUUUCAAAGAUUCCUUGUCGCUCGUGGGAAUACGAUCAUUCACAAUAUAAAAACAGUGUCAUUCAAAAGUGGAAUUUAGUUUGCGAAAGUUCUUGGUUGAGUUCUCUCGCUGGCUCUUCUUACUUCGUGGGAUUUCUCGUGUCCGCUAUUGUAUCUGGUCAGAUAUCCGAUAGAUAUGGCAGAAGACCAGUGAUAAUAUCGGGACUCGCGCUUCAUAUAACAUUUGGGAUUCUUUGUUCAUUUUCUCCAUAUUACUGGAUGUUUACUGUAUCUCGUUUCCUCUUAUCUGCAGGAAACACAGCGUGUAGUCUCACGUUCUAUGUAUAUGUUAUGGAAGUGGUCGGACCAAGCUACAGAGAAAAGGUAAUAGUAAUUAAGAGUUUCUUUUAUACUACGGGGACGUUUCUACUUACCGGAGUAUCUUGCUUCCUCAAAGAUUGGACUUAUAUUCAAUUAUGCUGCAUUUUGCCAUCUAUUAUAACGCUCCUGCUCAUCAGUUUUAUACCGGAGUCUCCGAGAUGGCUGCUAACUCACGGUCGAUUACGUAAAGCCCAGGACGUUAUACGAAACAUAAUGGAAAAGAAUAAAAGACACACGGACGAUUUAUCCGAAAUUAUUGAAGAACUUUAUUGGAAAAUUAGAACGAAUGACAAUAAGAAGAAAAUGAACUUUUUGCACUUGAUCAGGAAUAAAGAGUUACGCAAGAUUACUUUCCUCAUGUACAUCUUAUGGUUAGUAAUAAUAUUUGACGCCUAUGCAUUAUCAUUAAAUGCAGAUAUCACAGGAGGAAACAUCUUUCUUUUUUUUGUUUUAUUUUCCUCAUUACAAUAUUGUGUUUCUGGUGUGUUGACCAUUAUUUUACCUCGCUUUGGAAGAAGACGUAUUUUAAUGUUUGGAUACCUUUCAGUUGGCAUCACUUCGUUGCUGAUAGCAGCUGUUCCAGAAGAUCUUAUAUGGCUGAGGGUUGCCUUGCUAGUGUUGUGCAGAUUCUGCGUAUCGAUUGAAACAGGUACAAUAUAUGGAUAUACUUUAGAAUUGUACCCGACUGUAGUUCGAAAUGUGGGUAUCGGAUCGUGUUCUACAUGUGCCAGAAUCGGAGCGAUCGCUGCAUUUUUUAUGAAGGAUCUUAACGAAAAGGUGAACUGGAGCAUUCCUUUUAUUAUAGUAGGAGUAUUGACUCUUUCGUCUGGUUUGUGCAUUUUGCCUUUACCCGAGACCAAAGAUAUUCGUUUGCAUGAUAUUAUUGUCAAGUAA